GCUCAUUGUGAAAAGCCCCAUUGGAGCGACAUCCAGGUGCCAACCACAGCUCCAUCUUAACGUGGAGGGCUCUCACCUAACCACAGGAGAAGGUCGGCUGCUUGCGGACUCAUUGCAAUGAUGUGGCAUGGUUUACUCCUCGCUGCAAGCGUGCUCUUUACGCCUGUUUGGGGUCAAACGUGUGUAGGAGGUCCAAUUGUCGGCGCCUUUGAUCCCAAUGUGGAUUACUUUGCAGAUGCAGCGGAUAGGAUCACCCUAACGUACGCGAAGAACUUUGAGGUUGUCUACAAGAAGUUUUACAAAGAAGUGACCGUGCGAGCGCCGUCAUCACAAGCGGUCACAUACACGCUGUAUCUCUGCAACUCCCCUGCUCCUUCAACACCGGGUACCACCGCGAUCGCUGUCCCAGUGUCGAGCGUAGCACUUGGCGCCUCAGAUAUCUAUUCUGUUGCAUUUAUUGAGCGCUUGGGUUUACGGCCUACCAUAAAUUACGUAGGGAUAAGCCCUGAAACCGUAACAUCGCCUUGUUUGCUGAAGCAACUGGGAACGAAUGUGACAAGGUCUUUCACUAGGACUGAUAGUCUCCCCACAACGGUGAACGUCGGGUUUGGUACAUCUCCUGCAAAUAGCAAUAUCCCAUUUAUAAGUGUUGUGAAUGCUAUGCGUGCCGAGACAUCUCCACUAGCCCGGGCCGAGUGGGUAAAGUUCUUUUCGCUAUUUUACAACAACGAACACAAUGCCACCGCAACCUUUGCAAAUGCGAUCGAAAGACCAUACACAUGCCUCAAUAACACUGCGCCCUGGUUUCCAAUUAAUGUAGCAUGGAUUGGAGCCAAGACUUUGGGAGCGCCAACGACAACCACGUUUGAAUCUCUCGAUGUGGAGUACAAUACAGCCUUUAUCAGGGAUGCAGGUGGACGACCCUUGAUUCUUCCCCCGAACAGCAAACAAUCCGACGCAGUUUCGCUGUUAUGGAAAACAGACUUGUUGAUUGAUGGAACAGAGACACCGGGAUCGACAGUUACUUAUCGGUACACGGACCUUGCAGUGAACUUUGGGGUACAAGACAUUGUGUCGGACUUCCCGUUUGGAAAAGGUGCCACGCGCGGUAGGGCAUACCGACCAGAUCAGUUAAGGAAUCCUAGCGGUUAUGACAUGUUUCCGCAGAACCACUGGGCAAAGCCUGAGUUGGUUCUUAAAGAUCUGCUCGAUGUUUUUGGGGAUACUCCUGCGUCCGGCAAGGUGUAUAAAUAUUUCCGAAGUCUCAAUGAAGGCGAUCCGGAAAUACGGGUUGGUCCUGCCUCCUGUGUCGAUCCGGGUAAGCCCACGCCACCCCUCGAACUCCCAUCCGCCAUCAACUGCAAUGCGGUACGACCUCCGCAAGAUAACACUGUGCCAGAGGCGGGAAAAGGUCUUGGAAUAGGUAAUGGAAAGGGUAGUUCAAAAGUAGUGAUUACGACUGUGUUUGUUAUUUUAGGAUUGGGAGGUGCGGUUUUGGCGGGCGUGUUCCGGCAUGAGUUGCGGGAAAUGUGGUGGAGGGUGAGGGAUGGGACUUGGCGAAGACAUCGGAAUGGUGGUGGACCUUUUGAUGACGUUUGGAGACAUAAGGCACGACAGGGAGCUAUCGAGUUGCGAUAGCAAUUUGUCGUCUGUAUAUUGCGUGCCUCAUGUUAUUUUUUGCUGUCACCAGGACCUUCACUUGGUUUUGAAUACACUUGCAUAUUUGUGUCUAACGAUG